UCUGUUGUGGCGGGGCCUGUAGGUUUAAGCGGCUCGGGUUGUUCGCUCAAUGGAAGCUGGAUGCGGGAAGUUUGACCGCCUUUACCCCACGCUGCCGCCGGGCGGGCGGAUGUCCGGCCGUGGGAAGCCGCCGGACACCGCUCCGGGGGUUGGGAAGCGCGGUUUGAGCGCAGGACAGAACUAGAGUUGGCUCGGGGUUCCCCGGGGGGUGCAAGGAGGCCAGUGCCGUCUGAUUCUCUGGCUCUUUGGCAUCCAGGCACCGCCGGAGUGCCUCGGAAGAGCUAAGAAUGGAAUGGGGAUCCACGGGAGAGACAAAUAAAAAUGGUAAAUUAGUGUUGGAACACCUGCAUCUUUAGCCUUUUAGAAAACCGUUUCUGAGACGUUACGUUGUCACCUGGAUGCAAGUCCCCUGUUCCACAGAGCGACGACCCUGCGUUCCUUUUCAUUAAACUUCCUAAAUUCUUUAGUUAAAGGGCUGUACCACAAGAGCAUUUUAAAAUUAUUCUUCUCAGUCGUGUAAUGAACCGUCCUCUGCAGUGAAAGGAAAGUACUUGCAUGGGGAGCGUGGCUUCUGCCUUCAGACUGGAACAGGAAGAACAGUUUACUGUAUACCCUGCAGGGUGAAACAAUGUAGACAAGGACUAGUUCACAGACUGAAUUUAAGGGGAGUCAUCUGCAGGGGCCACCAUUAGGAAAGAGGACCUGAUGGGACAAAGUGAGUGAUUUUGUAAUUCCCCAGCAUUUGUUUUUUGUUUUGUUUUUUUUUUUAUAAAGAUUUAUUUAUUUCAUGUAUGUGAGUACACUGUCGCUGUCUUUAGACACACCAGAAGAGGGCAUCAGAUCUCAUUACAGGUUGUUGUGAGCUACCAUUUGGUUGCUGGGAUUUGAACUCAGGACCUCUGGAAGAGCAGUCAGUGCUCUUAACCACUGAGCCAUCUCUCCAGCCCCUCCCCAGCAUUUGUUAAUUCAUGUGUGUGAGUAGAAAUUGUCGAGAUCACUGUGUAUACAAAUGGAGAGUUUAUGUUGAACCAAACUUUGUUGACCCAGUUAAGUCAGCUCAGAUAUUUGUUUUUUUUUGUUUGUUUGUUUUUUUUUUUGUUUUUGUUUUGUUUUUUUUUUGAGCUGGGGACCGAACCCAGGGCUUUGCGCUUCCUAGGUAAGCGCUCUACCACUGAGCUAAAUCCCCAGCCCCCAGCUCAGAUAUUUGAAUCAGGGGCUACUGGCUGUAGCUAUAUGUGGCAGGUUACAGAUCUCAGCAGCUAAUAUUGCACAUAAAGACAAGAUCAUAGUUUAUCUCAUUGAUUCCAUUUCCCCAGCAGGGAAUGUCCUGAUCUUCUUGAAAGUCACUAUAACUAUGAUUUGUUCCAAUUUUAUCUACCUUUUUAAAAAAUGAGUUGUUAGCAACACUUUUUAAAUUUCACUUUCUCAGAACAUCACAGCUCUGUUCAACUAUUUGUUCCUAUUCUCCAAUGUCUCUAGGGAAUUAAGAAUGUUACUCCUUUUUCUCAAGUCUUUGAUUACUUUCCUCUCUUUAGGGGAAUAUCUUUAGCUCAGGCUUGCCUCUUACUUUGUAAUGUCUUUCAACACCUGAUCCUUCCUCUGUUGCCCAAUACCUUGAAGAGAGUCUUGCAAGUCCUUCCAGGCUGAGCCCUGAGUAGUCAGUAAGAAAAAACAGAGGCAAUGGAAUGAGUGUCCUCCCACCUCCCCGACUUUCUUGGGGAAAUUAUAAAUAAAGAGGAAUUUUGGGGCUGGAGAGAUGGCUCAGCGGUUAAGAGCGCCCGACUGCUCUUCCAGAGGUCAUGAGUUCAAUUCCCAGCAACCACAUGGUGGCUCACAACCAUCUGUAAAGAGAUCUGAUGCCCUCUUCUGGUGUAUCUGAAGACAGCUACAGUGUACUUAUAUAUAAUAAAUAAAUAAAUCUUAAAAAAAAAAAAGAGGAAUUUCAGUAUGAAUUGAGCAUUUCAUGAAUUGAGGUCACUGACCAACUCUGAAGCUGCUGUAAUUACAACAAAGAAAUGAAGGGGGAAGAAGGAAGGAGGGAGCUGGCUUGUUUUGAAAGUAUUUUCCAUUAUCACUGGGUUCUGAUGUUAGCAGUGUUAGAUGAUCAAUAAAAGUCCAAACUUUUAUUGGACUUUUAUUUAUAGUUGAAAACUUUAGGGGUACAGAAAAUAGGCAGUCAAGAAUCUACAUAAGGAGAUGGAUUAAUUUUUUUAGGAACUAAAUAUCUGUAGUUAUACAAGUUCAACCAACCGAGAAGGUCCUGGCAUAUUAGUGUGUCUGGGCCUAGUAGUGAUGCUAUUAUUCUGAUUUUACAGUAACACCAGAGGGAAAAGACAUGAGUAAUAACUGAUGUGCUCUGGAGAACAUAUGUCUCCUACCUGGAUAAUUUUCCACCAUGAAUUCUAUUUCAACCUUUUAAAGUAAAUUUUGAGAUUAUAAUUAAAUUAUUUAACUUUUUACUUUGUACUAUGGGUAAGUGUCAAACUCUGGCACAAAUGACUAAAGCCCCUACCUAGCAAAUGAAAGCUGGACAGGCUCUUGAGUUUUCACCCAAAGUUCCUCAGUCCCUACCUGUUCCAGUCUGUGACUGACAAAACCAGCUUAGAGCCCACGCGUUGGGCUGCACUUCUCCAAGCUGCGCUUCCUUACCCUAAUUAGUUACAUCUCUCGUCUAUCAUUUAACAACCUCAUUUCUUCCACUGGCUUUUUUCUCCUCUCCUCCCUCUCUUCACAUGGCCCCUGUUCCUGUUCACUUUGGACUCUUAUCAGAUGUCCCUGCCUUUAUGUCUACUCUCCCCUCUACUCCACCAUAUUUAGGAGCAACCAUGUUCCCUUCUUUUUAUUUCUUUUUCAAUUCAUCUCCUAUUAAUUCUUACUUGCUUUCCUACUCAUGACUCUUCUUACUUCUAUGAUUCUUACUUUUUGAAGUUGACUGAUGUUUGCGUGCUGGACUUCCCAAGACAUGACAUAGAGAUGCUGCACUGGAUAUUGAGCAUGUAAUGAAAGAUGUACACAAAAGACCCUGCAACUUAGAUGAUGAAUAGUUAUCCCUGGAAAGUGGAAGAUUCCAUGAAAAUAAAAGUGUACAAGACUAAGGUUGAGUCUGCCCCUGCAGUAAAAUGUAGGAUCUGGGAAGGCCUCUUUUUUCUGACUCAUGUGAACUCUAAUCCUCCAGCAGGGAAGGUGAUACUGUCUUAUGUCCAGGUGAGGAGGUCACACUAUUGAGGGAUGUGGGCAAGUCCAGAAAUUAGGAGCACCAGUGGGUAGUAGCUUACAGGUUCUUUCUUGGAUUGUCCUUUGAUGCAAUUCCAGGAGGCUGCAAGGGAGGCCUUAAAGCUGUUCCAUAGGGUGUGGGGGAAGGAAGGUGAUGCAAAAGUCACAUUGAAUUAUUUUUGCAGAUGUUCUGAAGUUUAGGUGCUUUUAAUUUUUACACACUUGUGCUGAUAGAUAACUUCAGUCAGGGUCACAUUUAAGGGACUUUUCCCGUAUAUAAUAUCCCUAUAAUCAGUGCCCUAUUUUUCAAGAAACAGCAUACAAUGAGAGCAGAAGCAGUGCUAGGCUGACUCUCCCAUCUGAUUUAAAUCUGUAAUGACACUGUGAUUUGUUACAUGGAUGUAAGAGCUUCAGCCUUCUGUCUACAUUAAACGAUAAAUGAAAACGAGGGGAGAAAACACAGAAUCUAGCUAAAGCCUUCACAUUCAAUGGGUUAUUACAAUGUUUUCUUAGUGGGUAUGUGGAGAAGAUAAUGUAAGCAUCAAGCUUUUUACACCCAGAGUUGUCAGAUCAAUGAGAAUCCAAUAGUUACUACAGUAUACUGUAAAAAUCCAAAGACUGUUUGAUUAGGAUGGAAACAGAACUUUCUGCCCAUGAGUCACAGGUUGUAGUGCAUGAAAAAUUAUAAAGAGGUUAAGAAACAGACUGAAUUGUUUUCGUCUGAAUUUAAAUAAUGUCAAUUAAUGAUUGUUGAGCAAAAAUGUAUUAUCUUUGACAAGUCACUCAUUUGUUUGUUUUUAUCUUGGUAAAUAACCAGCCUUAAAUAGUAACACAUGCAUUCGUGUGUGUGUGUGUACUUACUGAGAGUAAAACUUAUGAAUACAGAGAUCUAUACUGAACAUAGGAAUGGCCUUGGGCUUGGCAUGAACUCUUCUGUGAUGUUCAUCCUCUUCAGAAACAGCGUGAGAACUGUAUCUGUCAAAAUUAUACUUUUCUUGUCUUCACUAAUUUGCUUCUCUUUCUUCAUUAUUUUUCCUCUUCCUUUUGCGUUUUCAUUCAAGAAAUAUUAUAUUAAUUUUUUCAUUGAAAAUAGAUCUCUUCUCUUAUAUAUCAGUACCACUGUUUCUCCUCCCUACACUCCUUCCAGUUUUCCUUCCUCCUUUCAUACUUUCCUCUCUCCAAGAUCUCCACCCCGUAUGUUUUACCUUCAAAAGAGAGCAGAUUUCAGAGAGCAGACUCAAGCAAAGCAAAUAAAAUAGAAAAGACAUGUUGAAAGUCCUCAAUGUGAAGCUGGGCAUGGUAGGCAAAUAGGAAGAAAAGAGCAUCAAGCUCAAGGAAAGGAACAGAGCCAUACAUCCAGUGUUAGCAUUACCACAAAUCACCAAGCUAAUCACCAUAGCACAUAAAGGAAGAUGUGACUGAGACCCAUGCAAACCACCCUUUUCACUUAAGUGUCUGUGAGGAUCUUGAAACCCCAGGCAGUGUAAGGACUGGGUUCCUUCUGAUGCCCAGCUCCUCAAAUUAAACUAAAUAUUAGUUAGCCACUCAAAAAACUCAUUAUCCCCUUGGCUCAGCACAGUUGCAGGCAAGAGAAAGUCAGUGAGGGAUGGUAUAGCUUGUAUUGUGUCCAGAAUUACGUUUCUGUGGCCUGUAGAGUACCCUCACCCCACAAAGAGACUAGAACAUAGGGGUGAAGUCUCCAAGCCUGCACCCCCUUUAUUUUUACAUUUAGUGAGCUGUGUGAAUGUUGUCCAAUACAAUGUGGCCCUGUGGUCAGAUUACAGAAAGCAAAAUGUUUUUCUUGGAAUCGGCAUGGAUAGUUUAGACAGCUCCUUGGCUAACACCACCGUGAACUGUAAAUCUGUUCCAAUACCAGACCUUGCUAGGUAUAAAGAUGGGCACUUCAGACUGUCUCCUCCAUUAAUAGCAGUGGUCCCUAGAGUCACCCUCUGAAUUCCGUGGGAGUUGCCAGUGCCUUAAAUUCCUGUAGUAAUCUGCCCAUGCUCUCUGAUUCCAGCUCGUUCUCCCUGCACUUACUCUCUUCCUCUGUCUCCUCUCCAAAUGAUCCCUAUCGCUUCUUUGCCCAUUUAACACAGUCUACCCAUAGAGUCUCUUCUAUUUGCUGUUUUCUCUGAUUUUUUAGUCCCUUUGUCAUUUUGAUAUAGGAGGCAUAUUGGAGGGUUUAUUGAUUUUUUUUUUUGUUUUUUUGUUUUGUUUUUUAGUUAAUCUUGUAUCAAGUGUUUCAUUUUUUUUUUUAAAGAUUUAUUCAUUUAUUAUAUAUAAGUACACUGUCGCUGUCUUCAGACACACCAGAAGAGGGCAUCGGAUCUCUUUACAGAUGGUUGUGAGCCACCAUGUGGUGGCUGGGAAUUGAACUCAGGACCUCUGGAAGAGCAGUCGGGUGCUCUUAACCGCUGAGCCAUCUCUCCAGCUCCGUAUCAAGUGUUUUAAAGCUGUACAAAAUGGUAGUAGAAUUUUUAGGGUCACUGAUGUAUAUUAUCAUAACAUUUAUCAAUUAGGAUAUUUAGAUUUCUUACUCUCCAAAUUAUAUCCCCUUGAUGUCCUUCCAUUGUCUCAUGGCUGUAGGUGGAACUGCAUGCCAUACAUUGAAUACAUAUAGAGACUGGUCAGCCUUGCCUCGUUCCUCAUUUUAAGGAAUUCUUUUGACUUAAUCUGCAUUUAAUUUGAUGUUGGGUAUAGGCUUGCAGUGAAUUUUAAUUAUUACAUUUGUUUUUAUCUCUUAUAUCCCAAAAGAUUUUUUAAACAAUUUUGUAUUAGAUAUUUUUUAUUUACAUUUCAAAUGUUAUCACCUUUCCUGGUUUCCUGUCCAUAAACCCCCUAUCUUAUCCCUCCUCCCCCUUCUCCUAUGGGGGUGUUCUCCCACCCAUCUACCCACCUCUUCCCACCUCUCUGCCCUGACAUUCCCCUACACUGGGGGAUCCAGCCUUGGCAGGACCAAGGGCUUCUCCUUCCACUGGUGCCCAACAAGGCCAUCCUCUGCUACACAUGUAGCUGGAGCCAUGAUCCUGUCCAUCUGUAGUUUUGGGUAAUGGUUUAGUCCCUGGGAGCCCUGGUUGGUUGAUAUUGUUCUUCUUUUUUUUUUUUUUUUUAUAUUAUUUAUUUAUUAUAUAUAUGAGUACACUGUAGCUAUCUUCAGAUGCACCAGAAGAGGGCGUCAGAUCUCUUUACAGAUGGUUGUGAGCCACCAUGUGGUUGCUGGGAUUUGAACUCAGGACCUCGGGAAGAGCAGUCGGUGCUCUUAACCUCUGAGCCAUCUCUCCAGCCCGAUAUUGUUCUUCUUAUGGGGUUGCGAGCCCCUUCAGAUCCUUCAUUCCUUUCUCUAACUGCUCCAAUGGGGCAUUUUGAGUGUUGGAAUUGAGGAAAUGUACUAAGGUGCCCAGAUUGAACACUAAAUUUUAUGGUGCUAGUUCUCUCUCUCUCUCUCUCUCUCUCUCUCUCUCUGUGUGUGUGUGUGUGUGUGUAUCUGUCUGUCUGUCUGUCUGUCUCUCUCUCCCUUCUGUCUCUCUCUCCUACCAAAAGAAUUUUAUUCAUGAAUAUAUUUGUAGAAAUAUUUUACUCACGUGCAUGGUUUUGUCCUACCCUGUUCAUGUAUGUGAGGCAGACAGGUAAGGAGGCUGUGUAAAAAACCUUAGAACUUGAGUUACAGAUAGUGAGCUGCUUAUAUACUGGGAAUGAAAGCUGGAUGCUCCUGAAGAACAUUCUGUUUUCUUAAUUUUUCAGGUAUUUUUGCCCCCAUAUUUUCUUAUACCUGAUGUUCUGUCCAAAGCACUCUAGGUCACUUGCAGAACAAACUUCUGUUCAUGUGUUCCUUUAUCAAAUAGGGAAGGGAACCAUGGUAAGAGAUGAGAAUAAAAACCUGGCACAGACUGACUUUGCAACCUGGUAUAGAAAUGGGGGAGUCUAAUUCCAGCCAAUCAUUGCCAUAAUAUUUUUUUUUCCCCGGGGCUGGGGACCGAACCCAGGACCUUGCGCUUCCUAGGUAAGCGCUCUACCACUGAGCCAAAUCCCCAACCCCCAUUGCCUUAAUAUUUAAAAUACAGUACAAUUAAGGGAAAUAUAUCCAGGCAACUAUCAGUCAAAUUCUAGGUACACAAUAUACUUUAUGUUUUGACUACAUAGAAACCAUUUUAUGAGGUACACAUACUACAAGAAUAGGUUCUUUUUUGAAAUGACCUAGAAUUUAGUAUAAUCUCUGACAAAAGGCACAGAGGUAAAAAACAUUUUCCCUAAGGUUGAUAAACAGUCUAGGGAAGGGGGUGUGUGGAAUAAUUGUUCAGCAGAAGUUGGAUAAUAUCUGCCUCUACAGAUAACUGUAGGUAAAGUUUGCCUUCAAAAAGGAAAGAGGAAGGGUAGGACAGCACGUUGUGGGUGGUGCCAUCCCUGGGCUGGUAGACUUGGGUUCUAUAAAAAAGCAAGUUGAGAAACCCAGGGGAAGCAAGCCAGUAAGUAACAUCUCUCCACGGCCUCUGCAUUAGCUCCUGCCUCCUGACCUGCUUGAUUUCCCUUGGUGAUGAACAGGAAUGGAGAAGUGUAAUCUCCAUAAACCCUUUUCUCUACGAUUACUUCUUGGUCAUGAUGUUUGUGCAGGAAUAGAAGCCCUGACAGUGACAGCUGAUAAGCAGUCUACAUUCUCAGUGUCAUUUACUUUAUUUUCAGCUAACAUACCAAGCUACAAGAUGAAAAUUCCACAGUCAUUUCUGCCUAUCAUUUUUAUGAUUUAAAUAUGUUUCUUUAUGACUUUGAACUAAAAUGCCCAUAAAUAUGUCUGCUUCUACACUGUGACCAUGUUGAGACAAGGACUAGUAGCAAGCAACCCUUUAUGUGAACACAACCAGAAUCCGUAUUCAAAAUCUCACGGCUUCCUUUAUUUAAUAAAAUCAUUGUUUGGAAAUGAAUCCCAAGCUCUCCUUGCCUGACAAAAUAAAGAGGGAAUCUUCCUCAGCUCUUCGUUCUUGCCUGUUGAACUGGUUAUUUUGAGAAUCAAGUUGACUGCAUAUGGAAUUAGCUAAAGCCAGAGAAUUGAGUGCUGUGGGGGUUUUAGUUUCAGUAUAGCUUAUGAAGUGGGAAACAGUUCUAUAUUCUAUAUCCUGAAGCCUUGCACAUUUUAAGAUCCACGUCAAUGAGGUGCUUUUCCUCUGUCUACCUAGUGCUGGUAUUAAGCUAAUCUAGCCAGCUCGCUCUUCCUUUUUUUUUUUUUUUUUUCCUUACUUGACAUAAAUAUAUAUGUAUAUUUUAAUUUAUUCACUUUUCAUCCUCCUACUACCUCCAUCACGCUCUCCCUCCAUCUUCCCCUCAACACCUCCUAUCAUCUUCUCCUGUGAGUGGGUAGACACUCCCUGGUCAUUACCCCAUCCAUAGCACAUUAGUUCUACGCUAUGCUAGGCACUUCUUUUGGCACUUAGGCCUGAUAAGUCUGCCCUACUGAAAGAAAAAAGUAUCUCAUAUACAGGCAACAGCUUUUGCCAUAGCCCCUGUUGCAGUUGUUUGGGACCCAACGAAGGCCCAGCUGCACAUCUACUCCAUAUGAGCAGGGAGUCAUAGGUCCAGCCCCUGGGUAUUCCUUGGUCAUUGGUUAAAACUGUGAGAACACAAAGCGCUGAGGUUGGGUGAUUCUCUUGAUUUUCCUGUGGAGUUCCUCUCCCCUGAGAGGCCCACAAUUCUUCCUCCAAUUUUUCAUAAGAGUCCCCAAGGUCCAUCAACUGUUUGGCUAGGGAUGUCUGUAUCUGUGUAAGUCAGGUGCUGGGUAAAACUUCUCAGAGGAUAACAUGCUCCUGUCUGAAGGCUUAUCAGAGUAUCAUUAAUAGUAUUAGGGAUUGAUGCUUGUCCGUGGAAUGGAUCUCAAUAUGGCCUGGUUAUUGGAUGGCAAUUCCCUGAGUCUCUCCUCCAUUCUCCAUGCAUGCAUUUGUUGUAGACAGGAUACAUUUUGGGUUAACAUUAUUGUGAGUAGGUUGGUCUCCCUAUUGCACUACUGGGGUUCCUGCCUGGCUACAGAAGGUAUCCUCUUUAGGUUGUUAUCCCCAAUGUAGUGAGCUACAGCUAAGGUCACCCACAUUGCUUCUUGAUUGCCUUAGUUAUCCUAUGGAGAUGUUCCUCACCUCCUUGCCCCUGUCAGUUGCAGAUUUAUAGUCAUUUUCUGGCCAUCCAGCCAUUUCUCCUGUCCUUCCUGAAUCCCCAUUCUCCUUCCCAUUCCCUCUCCAUUCUGGGUCCUCACCUCCACAUUCCUCUCAUGACUGUUUUAUUCCUUCCUCUGUGUCUGUGGAGUAUAGCAUGGUACCUGUAUGAUAUAGCGAGUGUUGACUAAUAAGUGAGUCCAUACCAUGCAUGUCCAUCCUAUGGGGACCGGAUUACCACACUCAGGAUUAUGUCAUCAAGUUCCUUCCAUUUCCCUGCAAAAUUUAUGAUGUCCAUGUUUUUUAAUAGGUGAAUAGUAAUCUGUUGUGUAGACAUACUGCAUUUUCUUUAUUCAUUCUUCACUCAAGGUACAGCUAGGUUGUUUCCUGUUUCCAGCAGGUAGGAUAAAGCUCUAGGAAUUUAGCCUAGCAAAUCUUUGAUAAAAUCCAAUACCCCUUCAUGUUCAAGGUAUUAGAGAAUUCUGACGUAAACAUAUUCAUACCAUUUAAAUCAAGACAAUAGCCAAUAUCAAGCUAAAUGGAGAGAACCUUAAAGCAAUUCCACUGUAAUCAGGACAAAACAAGGCUGCCUUCUUUCUCCCUAUCUAUUCAAUAGAGUACUUGAAUUUUUAGGGAGAGAAAUAGAAAAAAAAAAUUAAAUGAGAUCAAGGAGAUAAAAAUUGGAAAGAAGAAUUCAAAGUAGAGUUGUUUACUAAUGAUCUGAUAGUAUAAGUGAGUGACCCCCAAAAUUCUAUCUCAGAGGUACUGCAGGUGAUCCACACCAUCAGCAAUGUCAUGGAUACAAAAUUAACUUUACAAAACAGUAGGCCUCCUUUAUAUAAAUGAUAACUGGGCCAAGGAAGUAAUAAGAGAAGCAACAUACUUUACAUUAGCCACUACUAAUAUAAAUAAUCUUUUUGUAACUAUCCCAGCAAGUGAAAGAUCUCUCUGAUAAGCAUUUCAAAUCCCUGAAGAACAAAAUUGAAAAAGAUUUUAAAGGAAGUAAACAUUUUCCAUGCUCAUGAAUAGGUAGGAUUUGUAGUAAAAAUGGCCAUCUUACCAAAGACUCGGUGCUUUUGUAGUCAGUAAUUAUUUAUACAACAUCUAUGAUGUGUGCUUAGCAUUGUUAUUCUAUUUACUGGUCUCUUUAGGUCUCUCAAGUAGCAUUUCCCUUGCAAGGGUAUAUCUUAUUCAAAAGGUGAGGAAGUGAGAGUUUUGAACCUUAUCAUUCAGUACAAAUUUUCAAACAUUAAAUAAGUGGGGAAAACGCCAGAAUGAUGGUCAGUGAAAUAUACAUGCUCAAUAUGUAAACAUGCUUUGUUUUGUACACAUGAAUGUUAUAUUUGAGAAGGCAGUGACAUAUGAUGAUGUGCAUGUGACCUUUACUCGGGAAGAAUGGGCUUUGCUAGAUCCUUCCCAGAAGAGUCUCUACAAAGAUGUGAUGCUGGAGACCUACAGGAACCUCACUGCUAUAGGCUAUUACUGGGAAGACGACAGUAUUGAAGAAGAUUGUCAAAAUUCUAGAAGACAUGGAAGGCAUCUUCAGUGGAAUGAAGGAAUUCACACGGGAGAGAAAACCUAUGAAGGUGUGCAAUACAAAGAAGGGUUUGCAACUGUCAGUGAUCUUCAUACAAUUAAAAGAACACUUACUGGAGACUUUGUAUACUAUAGUACUGUUCAGGUAAACAGAAAAGCACAAACAGGAGAGAAACCUGAUGGAUUUAACCAAUGUGAUAAUACCUUUGUAUGCAACAACCAUCUGAGAUUCCAUAAAAAACGUAAUACUGGAGAGAAACACUACACAUGUGACCAAUGUUGUAAAGCUUUUGCACAGAUCAGUAGUCUUCAAAGGCAUAAAAAAACACAUACUGGAGAGAAACCCUAUGCAUGUAACCAAUGUGGCAAAGCCCUUGCACAAUGUGGCCAUCUUCAAAACCAUACAAAACCUCAUACUGGAGGAAAGCCCUAUGAAUGUAACCAAUGUGGUAAAGUCUUUUCAUGGCAAAACUCUCUGCAAAACCAUAAAAAAACACAUACUGAAGAGAAGCCCUAUGAAUGUAACCAAUGCAGCAAAGCCUUUUCUCAAUACGGCCAUCUUCAAAGACAUAAAAGAACACAUACUGGAGGAAAGUCCCAUCAAUGUCACCAAUGUGGUAAAACCUUUGCUUAUCGUAGUCGUCUUCGAAACCAUACAAGAACUCAUACUGGAGAGAAGCCCUAUGAAUGUAACCAAUGUGGUAAAGCCUUUUCAUGGUACAACACUCUGCAAAUCCAUAAAAGAACACAUACUGGAGAGAAGCCCUAUGAAUGUAACCAAUGUGGUAAAGUUUUUUCAUGGUACAACACUCUGCAAAUCCAUAAAAUAAAACAUACUGGAAAGAAGCCCUAUGAGUGUAACCAAUGUGGUAAAGCCUUUGCUUGUCAUAGCUAUCUUCAAAGCCAUACAAGAACUCAUACUGGAGAGAAGCCCUAUGAAUGUAACCAAUGUGGUAAAGUCUUUUCAUGGUACAACACUCUGCAAAUCCAUAAAAUAAAACAUACGGGAGAGAAGCCCUAUAAAUGUAACCAAUGUGAUAAAGCCUUUGCUUAUCGUAGCUAUCUUCAAAACCAUACAAGAACUCAUACUGGAGAGAAGCCCUAUAAAUGUAACCAUUGUGGUAAAGUCUUUAAAUGGUGCAGCACUCUGCAAAGCCAUAAAAGAACACAUAUUGGAGAGAAGUCCUAUGCAUGUAACCAAUGUGGUAAAGCCUUUGCUUGUCAUAAAUAUCUUCAAAACCAUACAAGAACUCAUACUGGAGAGAAGCCCUAUGAAUGUAACCAAUGUGGUAAAGCCUUUGCUCAUCACAGCCAUCUUCAAAGCCAUAAAAGAACACAUACUGGAGAGAAGCCCUAUGAAUGUAACCAAUGUGGUAAAGCCUUUGCUCAUCACAGCCAUCUUCAAAGUCAUCAAAGAACACAUACCAGAGAGAAGCCCUAUGAAUGUAACCAUUGUGGUAAAGUCUUUACAUGGCACAGCACUCUGCAAAGACAUAAAAGAACACAUACUGGAGAGAAGCCCUAUGAAUGUAACCAUUGUGGUAAAGUCUUUACAUGGCACAGCACUCUGCAAAGACAUAAAAGAACACAUACUGGAGAGAAGCCCUAUGAAUGUAACCAUUGUGGUAAAGUCUUUACAUGGCACAGCACUCUGCAAAGACAUAAAAGAACACAUACUGGAGAGAAGCCCUAUGCAUGUAACUAAUAUUGUAAGGCCCAUGCCUAUCAUAGGGAUCUUCAACGUCAUAAAAGAACACACACAGAAGAGAAGCCCUAGGAAUGUAACCAAGCACUCUGCCUGUAAGCAACAUGGCAUAGCCUUUGCACAAAACAGAAAUCUUCAAUGGCAUAAAACCAUCACAUACACCAAGAAUUUCUGUGAAUGCAAACGACAUGAUAAAGCUUUUGCAUUUCUGAAAAGCCAUAAAAGAACUCAUACUGGAGAGAAGCGGAGUGUAUUUACCUAAUGUGGCAAAACCUGUGCACGCAAAAGAAUUCUUGAAAGGCAUUAAAAAAAAAAAUCACAUACUGCUGAGAAUUUUUGUGAAUGUAACUAAUGUAAUAAACCCUUUACAGAUUACAGUGAUCUUCAAAGGCAUAAAAGAACAUUCUACAGAGAAGCCCAAUUAACUUAACCUAUAUUGUAAAUAUUUUUCCUUUCACAGUCAACAUCAAAGUCAUAAAAGAACACAUACUAGAGAAAAACCCUUGGUAAAUCUUUUGAACAGAAUAGUGAGUUUAGAGUCAAAAGAACAGAUUCUAUACUAUAAAGAACUCUUUUGAAUAUAAUUAAUAUGGUGAAGCCUAUGUAUGUUAAUGGCCAUUUGCAACGUCAUAAAAUAUAACAUGAUGUGCAGAAGUCCUAUGAAUGUAAGGGAUCUGGUAAAGCCAUUGUACACAACUGUGAUCUUCAAAGGCAUAAAUGAAUACAUCCUAGAGAGAAGCCCUUUAAAUAUAAUCAGUGCUGUAAAGCCUUUGCUCAUUAUGGUGGUCUUCAAAAAAAUUCCAAAUGACACCAUGCAGUGAGCCCCUAUGCAUAUAUCAACUUGAUAAAGCCUUUGCAUAUCAGAGUCAACUUCUAAUGCAUGAAAGGAUUCAUAUAGGAGAGACACAGUGAGUUUCUGUGUCUGACUCCUUUGCCUGAACUUGCAGUGCUUUUCCAACUAGUUAAUUACCUUCCCUAGCUUUGAUAGGAUUUAUGCCUAUUCUUAUUUUCACAUGUGAUGUGGUGUUCAGUUGCUAUCCCCAGGAUCCUGCUCUUUUUUUUUUUUUAAAUCAAAAUGGCAGAGCUGUGGUUCUGGCUGUGAAUGUAGGUUGGGAGAGUCAUAGAGAAGUGUUCAGAGGGUGACCCAACCCAGGAACAAAACCUUUAGCCUAUAAUCUUUCCUACUUGAAAGAUGUGCUGAUGUGAUGGUAACACAGAAGUUGUUGGAUUGCCAAUAAUUGACUGGUUUACUUUGAAACCCAUGACAGAAGAAGGAGCCUGUAAAUGAUAUGUCUCACUGUUAAGAAAAUUUGGGGACUUAUCCAGCUGCAGGAACAGUGCUUAGAAGAGCCAAGAUUUUAUUACAUGUACUAGCAGCCAGUUUCUGCUUCUGGUGUGUUAAAUAAGUUAGCCAUUUUCCAGAGCUUAUUCAAGAUUUCACAAUCUAGAAAUAAAUGAUCAAGUGUUUGUAAAUUAUUUCAUUCUACUUCAUGAUAUGUAACUUAUCCUGCCCUACAUUUUUUUCCUCUGUACUUGGUUAAAUGAUUUCUGUGCUUUUAAUGACAAUGCUGGGCUCCUUUGGAAAAUCAUCAGAGUAGGAUACUAUAUAGUAAGAAACACAUUUAUAACUGAUAUUACCUCCUGAUAUUCUAUUCCUCAGGUCUUUUGUCUGAACUUAUUUCUUUCUUUGUGUUUUGUUUCUAUUAGUAUUUUGCUUGAUAUAAAUCUGCACUGCAUGACAGGAGUUACAGAUCAACUAGAAAUUCUGUUGCAGAAUGGCAUGAGCCACCAUAUAAGUACUAGAACUGAGGUAGUGUCCUCCAGAGAAGCAGUCGUUAUGGAUAAUCUCUGAGCUACCAGUCCACAAUAAUAAAACAUACAGUGAAUACUAGAAUUCCCUUGAAAUAAUAUAGUAUGUCUGCCCCGUCCCGCAGGGCAGUCAACCAGGGUCUGGGGUCAACUUAGGAGAGAAUGGAGGACAAGAAAUCCCAAGAAUGGACAGCAAGUCAAGAGGUCUGAUCAAGCUGACAAUUUUUAAUUUUUCUCAGGCAGAAGAUAUACUGGUAGAAGCAAAAUGUAGGUAGGGGUUAACCACAAAGGAUUGGGCCUGGCUCGAUGACCAAGAUAUUGGCUGGGUAAAUUGGCCAGUGGGGGAAACAGUAGGGUGGGUUGCUUAGUGAUCUGACCACUAGUGCCAAGCAACCUGACCACCAGUGCUAAGCAACCUGACAACCAGAUUCAUUCUAUCUAUUGAGUUCAAGCAGAACUGCAGGUGCUGGCAUAGGUAUGGCUCCUUUGAUCUAACAUAAGGCUAAAAUACAAUUGGUUUUUAACAUGAAGGCUGCUACCACCAUCUUAUGGCUGCACCCAACUUUUGUCAAUAUGUUUAAAUGCAUGUGACAAAAUUGCCUAGAUUCACAUUGUACUAUGUGCCUCCCAAAGUUGUCGAUUUUGUGAUGAAUACUGGGUAAAUGAGUACUAUCAACCUCCAUUGGUGGUGGGAUUAUGAGAUGGUACAACCACUCUGGAAAAAAGUCUGAAGAUUCCUCAGAAUGUUGGACAUAGGAAUACCUGAGGACCCAGCUAUACCACUCCUGGGCAUAUAUCCAAAAGAUGCUCCAACAUAUAGCAAGGACACAUGCUCCACUAUAUUCAUAGCAGCCUUAUUUAUAAUAACCGGAAGCUGGAAAGAACCCAGAUGUCCUUCAACAGAGGAAUGGAAACAGAAAAUGUGGUAGAUCUACACGAUGAAGUACUACUCAGCAACUAAAAACAAUGACUUCAUGAAAUUCAUAGGCAAAUGGAUGUAACUAGAAAAUAUCAUCUUGAGUGAGGUAACAAAAAUCACACACACAUACACACACACACACAAACCUACACACAUGGUAUGCAUUCAAUGGUAAAUGUAUAUUAGCCCAAAAUCUCAAAUUGCCUCAAAUUCACAGACCACAUGAAGCUCAAGAAGGAUGACAAAAGUAUGGAUGCUUCAGUCCUUCUUGAAUGGGGGAGCAAAAAUAUUCAUAGGAGGAAAUACGGAGACAAAGUUUAGAGCAGAGACUGAAGGAAUGACCAUUCAGAUCCCACCCUAUCUGGGGAUCCAGUCUAUAUACUAUCCAGCCAAGAAACCGAGACAAUAUUGCUGAUGCCAUGAAGUCCAUGCUGACAGGAGCCUGAUAUAGCUGUCUCCUGAAAGGUUCUGCCAGGGCAUGAAAAAUAGCGAGGAAAUACUCUCAGCCAACCACUGAACAUAGAAUAUUGGGGUACCCACUGGAGAAGUGGUUUGCAAUCCCAUAAGAACAACACUAUGAAUCAACCAGAGCUCGCAGAGAUUAAACCACCAUCCAAAGAGUACACAUGAACAGACCCAUGGCUCCAGCUGCAUAUGUAGCAAAGGAUGGCCUUGUUGGGUAUCAAUGGGAGGAGAAGUCCUUGUUCCUGUCAAGGCUGGAACCCCCCCAGUGUAGAGGAAUGUCAGGGCAGGGAGGCAGGAAUGGGUGGGUUGUUGCAGGGUGGUAACACCAUCUUAGAAGAAGGGGUUGAGGGGGGAUGGGUUUGGGCAGUUAUGGACUGCAAACUGGGAAAGGGGAUAACAUUUCAAAUGUAAAUAAAAUAAUAUUCAAUAAAAAAAUUUUAAAAAAUUUC